AUGUUUGUAGCGCGGUAUCUUGAUGCCCAUACCAACAUCGGAGGCGAUCGACCAAAGGCAGCGGUGAAGUCGGUGGCGCAAAGCCAUGAGUCUGUCAGGGAGUUUUUGGAGGCGUGGCUGCCGACAAGGCCGACUCCUGAGGAGGUGGCGUGGCGAGUACAUGGGCAUGAACGGUUUGAGGCGGCGAGGGAGGCUAUCGCUGAUGAGCUCGGAAGGAGGUUCGCUACCACAAAAAGGGAGGAGAAAAGCUGGAUAAGGGAGAAGGCCAGGAUAAGGGGCACUAGGCAUUACGAUGAGGAUAUGUUACCGCUGCUGUCUCCAGUGGCUGCCUCAACCGUGGCGUCCGAAAAAUCACUAGAUGAACAGCUUGAGGCUAAGCAAGCGGAGCUGGGAGAGGCCCAAAGGCGUCUACAGGAGGCAGUCGAUCGAGCUAGGGAGGGAGCGCAACGAGAGUAUAUUGCGGUGAAGGGCGUCAUCGAUGACGAUAUUGCCCCGGCUAGUCAGGCGUUAAAACGGUACUGGUGCGAGGUCGAGGAAAGGACAAGAGCUCGAACGGAGAGGAUCCAGGCUGAUAGUGGUAUGAGUCGGUCGAUGGACACAGCAAUGGUUACGAUGGAGUAUACUGAUAAGGCGGCUACGUUGGUGGAGAAGACUGAGAAAAUGAGGGGAGUUCCUCAACAGCUGAGUGUGGCUGUUGGUGUGGCCGAGAAGGCGAAGAUUGUGGACGUGUUUGUGUUGUUUGCCCAUCACUUGUCCCAGUAUCUGGGAACUAUCACGGAAGUCGGGGAGUUCGCUGGUGAUGACGCCGCGCAGGAGUUGGCUUGGGCAUCUGGGGACCUCUCGGCAUGCUCUAUGGCGCUUCAACAGGUUGACUCGCCCUGGGCAUCGGAUCGGAGCUGUGCCACGUUGAAUAGGCUGGCGACUACUCUGAUGGAUCUUGUAGAGAACGAGAGUGUCAGUCGGACCAGCUACUUGGCGAAGAAUUCAACUGCGAUGGCGUUUUUUGCUGAUGCGAUGUAUUGGCCGCUGAUCGAACAGUUUGUUACUAUGGAAAAGCAGAAAUGGAAUGAUCUGCCGACCCUCCAUGGCGAGGACGAGCCGACGGCGCGGUUGAUCCAGAAGAGUAUAGAAGGUGUGUCCAGUUGGAUCACUGGAGGUUUGGAAAAUGAGAUGCUCCGCAGCCUCCUGGCUGAGCACAUUGCCGAGUUGGAGGAGUUGGCCCUGAAAAUGGCGAAGAUGAUUGAGGAAGAGUGCGGCGAGUAA